AUGUGCAAGCUAAUUUUAACUGCAGCCUCUUCCUUCAGGCUGGUGUGUUACUAUAACAGCUUGGCUGAAAGUAGACCCGAGAGUGGGAGAUUCAUGGUGUCAGAUAUCGAUCCGAACCAGUGUACCCAUCUCAUCUAUGCCUUUUCUGACAUUAACGACCAACAUCACCUGGUCCCCAGCAGAGAAACUGAUAUACAACAGUAUCAGUCCUUUGUUGGACUCAAAGGCAGAUUCACUACAAUGGUGUCAACACAAAGCAAAAGAAAAAAGUUCAUCCUGUCUGCUAUCGCACUACUGAGAGCAAAUGGGUUUGAUGGGCUAAACCUAGACUGGAGAUUCCCCAGAGAAGCUGGAAGUCAACAACAGGAUAAUCAGAGAUUCACACUGCUGUGCAAGGAGCUCAAAGAGGCCUUUGUGGCUGAGGGAACAAAAACUAACCAUGACAGAUUAAUCAUCACUGCUAGUGUCUCUGCGGAAAAAGCAACCAUCGAUUCCAGUUAUGAAGUCGCACAGAUUGCCAUGUACCUGGAUUUCAUUAAUGUACUGACCUUUGACUUUCAUGGCCCCUGGGAAAAUGUCACAGGACAUCACAGUCCCUUAUACAGAGGAUCCCAAGACACUGGAGACAAAAUCUACUCAAACACUGACUCUGCUAUGCAGUAUUGGCAGGACAAAGGAGCGCCCCCACAAAAGUUAAACAUGGGGUUAGCUGCGUAUGGACGAGCUUUUGAUCUUUCCUCUGCAUCCAGUGAUGUUGGAGCACCAGCCGACGGUCCUGGUGAGGAUGGCUGUUACACCGGUGAAAUGGGAUUCUGGGCCUUUUAUGAGACCUGCCUUUAUCUUGAAGGGGUUACAACCCACCUGAUUACUGAUCAGAGAGUUCCAUAUGCCACCACUGAAAAUCAGUGGGUUGGAUUUGAAAAUGAUGAUAGCCUUGACGCUAAGGUCAGUUACCUAAAAACAAACAACUUUGGAGGAGCAUUUGUAUGGUCUCUGGACCUGGAUGACUUCAGUGGACAGUUUUGUAAACGUGGCAACCACCCCUUCAUCAAGCACCUGCAUAGUCUCCUGGUUCAAGCAUCUGCCCUUACAGCCACAAAUCCACCUGAUACAACUUCCCCUACCACAACUCUUCCUCCAACAACUCCACCUACCACAACAACUCUCCCUGAAAUAACUUCACCUACGACAACUCCCCCUACGACAACUCUGCCUACAACAACUCCCCCUACAACAACUCCACCUACCACAACAACUCUCCAUACAACAAAUCUCCCUACAACAACUCCCCCUACAACUCCCUAUACAACAACAAAUUUCCCUACGACAACUCUGCCUACAACUCCCUCUACAACAAUAACUCUACCUACAUCAACUCCCCUUACAACAACUCUCCCUACCACAACUCUCCCUGAAAUAACUUCACCUACAACAACUCCCACUGCAACAACUCCACCUACCACAACACCUCUCCCUACAACAACUCCCCCUACAACAACUCUCCCUAAUGCAACAACUCUCCAUACAACAACUUCCCCUACACCUACAAAUCCUCCUACGACAACAACUCCCUCUUCAUCAACAAAUCCACCUACCACAACACCUCUCCUUACAACUCCCUCUACAACAACAAAUCUCCCUGCAGCAACUUCCCCUACCACAACUCUUCCUCCAACAACUCCACCUACCACAACAACUCUCCCUGAAAUAACUUCACCUACGACAACUCCCCCUACGACAACUCUGCCUACAACAACUCCCUCUACAACAAUAACUCUACCUACAUCAACUCCCCUUACAACUACAACUCCCCCUUCAACAACCACUCCACCUUCAACAACCAAUCCACCCACCACAACAACUCCACCUACCACAACAACUCUCCCUGAAAUAACUUCACCUACGACAACUCCCCCUACGACAAAUCUCCCUCCAACAACUCCCCCCUCAACAACCACUCCACCUUCAACAACCAAUCCAUCCACCACAACAACUCCCCCUACAACAACAACUCCACCUACCACAACAACUCUCCGUACAACAACUCCCCUUACCACAACUCUUCCUCCCACAACUCCACCUUCAACAACCAAUCCACCUACUGAAACAACUCUCCCUACAACAACCUCCCCUGCAACUACAACUCCACCUAACACAACACCUCUCCCUACAACAAAUCCUCCUACAACAACUCUCCAUGAAAUAACUUCACCUACAACCACUCCCCCUACAACAACUCCACCUACCACAACACCUCUCCCUACAACAACAAAUCUCCCUACAACAACUCCCCCUACGACAACUCUGCCUACAACAACUCCCUCUACAACAAUAACUCUACCUCCAUCAACUCCCCUUACAACUACAACUCCCCCUUCAACAACAACUCCCCCUACAACAACAACUCUCCCUACAACAACUCCCUCUACCACAACUCUUCCUCCAACAACUCCACCUACCACAACAACUCUCCCUGAAAUAACUUCACCUACGACAACUCCCCCUACCACAACUCUGCCUACAACAACUCCCUCUACAACAACUCCACCUAUCACAUCAACUCUCCCUGAAAUAACUUCACCUACAACAACUCCACCUAUAAUAACUCUCCCUACAACAAUAACUCCCCCUACCGUAACAACUCCCUCUACAACAACAGUUCCACCUACCACAACAACUCUCCCUACAAUAACUACAACAGAUGCACCUACAAAAAUUCCCUCUACAAAUCCCUCUGCAAAAUCUCUCCCUAAAACAGCAUCUGCCCCUACAGCCACAAAUCCACCUGACACAACUUCCCCUACCACAACUCUUCCUCCAACAACUCCGCCUACCACAACAACUCUCCCUGAAAUAACUUCACCUACGACAACUCCCCCUACAACAACAACUGCUACACCUCCUCCUACCACAAUUCCCCCUACCACCACAACUCCCCCUACAACUCCAACUGCUACACCUCCUCCUACAACAACUCCCUCUACAACAACUCACCCAACCACAACGACUACCCCUACAACAACUCCCCCUACAACAACAAUUCUCCCUACAACAACUCCUCCUACAACUACAACUCCACCGACAACACCUACAACUACAACAGCUCCACACACCACAACUCUACCUACAACAACUCCAACUACUAAAACAACUCCCCCUAGAACAACUCCAUGUACAACAACUGAACCUAGAAGAACUCCCCGUACAAGAACUCUGCCUACAGCAAGUAUUCCCCAUAAACAAGAAAUCCACCUACCAGAACCAAAAUUCCCCUAGAACUACAACUCACCCUAAAAAAAGUCCCCUUACAACAACCCUAACUCCACCUACCACCACAACUCCCCCUACAACACCAACUGCUACACCUCCUCCUACCACAAUUCCCCCUACCACCACAACUCCCCCUACAACUCCAACUGCUACACCUCCUCCUACCACAAUUCCCCCUACCACAACAACUCACUCACUUUACCAGCUACAGGCACGACAAGCUCAAUGCAAGCAUGCAGUGCAUUUAAUAAAUAUUAUUUUGAAUGCCGUUGCUGUGUGCAUACCUGGAUUUACUUUUCUACUCACUUUAUCUGCAUUAUGUGAUCCCUUUCCUGGAUUGGUGCAGAGCCAAACAACUUCGAUAUAAACUUCCAUCUAUCUUUGUACUGCUGUGAAGACGGACAGCUUCGCGGUGGAAGAAUGGAAAUCUGACUCCAGUUGUGGUCUUGGUUGGUCCAGGGAUAGUACCAUCCUGAAAUAAGCAUUGUGGUUUCACCUUCUCUGGGUUGGAUGCAACUUUGGAACACAUUGUUUAUCCGCGGUAAUUAUUUUAUUCAGCUUCACUUUCUGCAUCACGGCACCGCGUCACUGGAGAACACUGCGGAGGGGGCGGAGCUGGUGGUGCAGUCAAUCUACUCGAAAAAGAGGAUCCUUAGUUUUUAAUGGACAUUGAUUAAAAUCCUUGAAUUAAAAUGAAGUAAAGUUGCUGUGCUGUACUUGAUAGCGCUGUGUGCCUCUAUUGGAAUCUCCCCUCAUUGCCAUGGAAACAUGUUGCUCUCAUUUCCAGAUGUUUACUCCGGGGGAGGAGUGAAACAAGCCAUCAGCUGGCUGUGGUCAUUCAACCCCAGCCUUUGCUCUUCACCUCUGGCACAUCAGAAGUGCAACUUUUAAGCUGUCUUAUGGCUCUGCAAAACCAUCUGGGGUCUCAAGGAGCAGCCCUUUUAAACUUGGUCAUCCACAACCACCAUCAUUGUAUACUGCCUAAACAGAGACUUUUGCUAAUAUUGCUGCUAUUAAUUUCUGGGAAUGUCCACCCAAAUCCAGGCCCAGAGCAAAAUAUGUCAUAUGUCUGGGUUUUUGUCAUUUGAAUGUUCGUAGUCUGGUUGGAAAAAUAGAUAUGGUUCGUAUCUGGGCACUUUGAACCAAUGCAGAUGUUUUUGGUUUAAGUGAAACUUGGCUCAAUAAAUCUAUUUCUGAUAAGGA